UCGCCAUUCGUCACGUCGCGUUGUGUCCCGAGAUAACGCAUAAAAAUAAAUUCACACGUAAUCGCAUUGUUAUAACCGAAAAACCAAGUAUGUGGAAAUUGUUCGUUUUGAUAUUCCUCGUGGGCCAAGAACUGCACGGAAUCGGAGCGCAGAAAAAACUAACGGACACUAGUAUCAACCUAACUUCCGCAGUUUGGCCGGCUCAGAAGAAAAAUGGGGAAGGAUCAUCGGAAACUUUGUCACCGAGUUUUCCGGGUGGACAGUACAAUUUUCACGCUGCAAAUAUAAUAUUCAACGUUCACGGUCGUCCGUCGGAAAAAUUCUCGGUGGAAUUGACCAACGGUUUGAGCCAAGUUGCAAAUGGAACUCGCUCUGAUUAUCGUGUCAUUCCGGGGAUUGGCGCAUUGAAGGUACACGCCAGACAUCUCCCCUGGAGUAAGGCGAGGAGAACUUGCGUCGAGGAAGGAGGUCAUUUGGCAGUAAUUCGGAGCAAUUUUGAGCAAACGAGCGUGGUUCAAAUGAUGACUGAAAAUUCGAUCGAAGACGCUUGGGUUGGUUUGCAUGACAAGUUCGAGGAGGGAGAUUGGGUGACGGUGACGGAUGAGCCUCUUGCAUCAACAGGCUGGGCUAAAUGGUCCAAAAUCUUCCCCAACAACCCCGACAAUUAUAAAGGCUCGCAGCAUUGUGCUCGCAUCGUCAAAAAUGCAGACGGCAUGGACGACGACAACUGCGAUAUUGCGAAACCGUUUCUUUGCAAAAUAUCGAAUCCCUGAAUAAAAUGAUAUUUUUUAAUAGAGGCCUGAAAAUAUUGCCAAUAACAUUAUUAGAAUUGUCUAUAUUUUCAUGGGAAUUUCGUCAGUUCAAUAUUACGAAGAAAAAAAAACAACAUGACAUAUUUUUUGACGUUGGAUCCUUGAAAAAAUCUGAGCCUAUGAAAUAUUUAAAAAAUUCUAUAACUUCGUACCAUCUUUCGUACCACUACACUCGUACCGAAUAUUUUCCAAAGUAUGUGAAGAAUCCUCGAAGAAUUAAAAAAUUGCUAACAAAUGAUAAUUAUUAACGUUCAUAACGUUUAUUACAAGUGAAGAAAUGUGAUUUUGAAAAUCAAAUAUCCGACUGGUUUUUUGUCCUUUUGUGAAUUCGUUAAAAUCAACAGUAGUGAAUAUUCGAUUCCGCUUACUCAUUUGAUUUCAGAGAAAAAAAUAUCCGACAGCUUUUUCCGCUUCCGGAAGCAGAAUCAGUUGCCUCAACGUGAAAUCUUUUUUAAAUACUUCACUCUCGGAAAAUGGUAAUAUUGGCACAAAAAAGAAUUGGAAACAGUAACAAAAGAGGAAGUUCCACUAAAUUCCUUUUUUCCCGAACCCCAUCAAAUGUAGUUUUCUGAAUUAAUUACUUCCAUUUUAAAAAUAAAUGAAAAAAUGUAUUUGCACUAUAAAAUUAUUAAUGUUAAUUAUGACAAUAAAACGAUUCUCAUGAA